CUUCUGUCUGUAAGGAGUGUGUCAUCGACCUCUGAAUUUUUUUCGAAGUAAUUGCGCGUAGAAAAAUAAUAAUUGCUCGUAAAUAAAUUGGAAGUGAUGUUUCUGUGACUGUGUUGUGCACGAUGGCGCGGGUUAUAUAGUGAUGUUGUAAUGUAGUUGGCAUCCUUUAAGUCUACCAUCUCUACUAUGAUGCAUAUCUGGGUUUUGAUAUCACUCACCGUUUGGAAUGUCUUAAACAAAGGAUACCCGGUGGACGGUCUCUCUCUCACAGCAGUCAGAAUAGAAGGUCACGCCAUACUCGGCAACCAUUCAGUAUUAGAGUGCCAGUUCGACUUGCAGGGAGAGACGCUCUACUCUGUGAAGUGGUACAAAGAUGGUAACGAGUUCUUCCGCUAUCUACCGAGAGACAAACCUCCAGUACAAGUCUUCCCAAUGGAAGGCAUUGACGUCGACAUACCAAGAUCGAACGAGACCCAAGUAGCGCUGAAUUCCCUCGUUCUUGCCAGCACGGGAAGGUACCGCUGCGAAGUAUCUGCUGAAGCUCCUUCUUUCCAGACCGUUUCUGACCAUGGAGAUAUGCUAGUUGUGGCGCUCCCAACAGAAGGACCAAAGAUCCGAGGAGGCCGACCAAGGUAUCAGCUGGGAGAUAGUGUUAGGGUCAACUGCACUUCCGGCAGGUCGAAGCCUCCAGCACAACUCAUGUGGUUUAUCAAUGGAGAACAGGCGGAGCGCUCGUUUCUGCGAGGGCCCAAGAUCGAAUCCGUAGGAAACGAGGGUCUAGAGGUUACCACGCUCGGGCUGGACUUCAAGGUGGAGGCGAAGCAUUUCCGACGUGGUGACCUAAAGCUCAAGUGUUUGGCGACGAUCGCCACCAUCUACUGGAACAGCAACGAGGAGAGUGUGGAGGGCGAGAAGCCCCAGAGGAGACCCGGGGAGGCACUGGAGGUCAAGGAGACAAACAAAUCCCGUGCAGACCGUGUCCUAAGUCACAGGCCAUAUAAUAUUCAAAUUACAAUAUAG